GUCGGCCGCAGCCUGGAGUCGGUCCGGCCGGCAGCGCGCGCCUGCAGCUGGCACCAUGACGCCGCCCGACGCCAAGGCCAGCGCCUACUCGUGGCUGGAUGAGCCGGGCCAGCGGGCGCACGUGCGCCGCUGCCUGUGCGUGCGCCGCAGCAGCUGCCUGCUGGCCUGCUACACGGCCUUCUACCUGCUGUACGUGGCGCUGGGCGCGCUGGUGUUCAGCUACCUCGAGCAGCCGGCCGAGAUGAUUCUGAAGGAGCAGCUGACGCGUGAUAUCCAGCUGUUCCUCAGCAGCUACCAGUGCGUGCCAGAGACUGCUCUGGAAGACCUGAUUCAGGAGGUGGUAAUCGCCAACAACCGCGGCGUGUCCGCCUCCAGCAACGUCUCCACCGGGCCCAACUGGAGCUUCGGCCAGAGCUUCUUCUUUUCGACCACCGUGGUCACCACCAUAGGCUAUGGUCACGUGACCCCGCUGUCCGAAGGCGGCAAAGUAUUCUGCAUCGCGUUCGCCCUGAUCGGCAUCCCGCUUACCUUGGUCAUGCUGUCCGCCUUCGUCGAGAAGUUGAUGGUGCUGUCCACAGCUGCCCUUCAGUGGCUGAACGGCCGUCUGGGUCACGCGCACCCGCCACUCACGGUGCGGCUGCUGCACCUGGCGCUGGUCGGCGCGCUCGUGGUCGGCCUCGCCUUCCUGGCGCCAGCGGCCGUCUUCUGGAUGCUGGAGGAGGGCUGGACCUUCCUCGACUCCGUCUACUACUGCUUCAUCUCGCUGACCACCGUCGGCCUGGGCGACUACAUCCCCGGCGACCGGCCGGGACUGACCUACCGGGCUCUGUACAAGCUGGCCACCGCCGGGUACCUGCUGGUCGGCCUGGUGAUGAUGAUGUGGCUGCUGACGGUGUUCGCCGAGAUCCCGCAGCUGAACUUCGGCAUCCUGUUCCUGCACCAGUCGGACGAGACCACCUCGGAUCCGGAGAAGAUGCGCCUCUCGGGCCCCGCCGCCGCGCCUCAGUACACACAGCAGACGGACAGCCUGAGAGCGGACGGCCGGCCCGUCCAGCAGACGCCGAGUCCGCUGGAGGCGGCGCCACCGCACGGACCGCGCUAG